CUUCUUCCCAAAUCUCUCUCACUCCAAACCCUAAAUCUUCUCUCUCCAUCUCUACAAUAUUUCUAUAAUUAAACUUCAAAACCUAAUCAAUGGAACUAAUCAAGAUAAUCUUACUUAUAGCCAUAACAAUGGCGCUCUCCGUUACUCUUACCAUGAGAAGCAUUGGCGACGUUGAAGAGAAACCGCCGUUAUCUAUUAAUGAUGAUUCAAUCACAUUGUCAAAAGAAUUUGAAAUGGAAGAAGAUAACUUGAAGCUCAAGCCAUCAAAACGACUGAGUCGUUUCCUUGCUGAAGAGAAAAACCCUAAGGCAGCUGACCAUUGCAAUAAAGAUGAAGAAAAAUGCUACAUUUUGGGAGGUAAGAAUUAUACUUGCUGUAACAACAAGUGCAUGGAUUUGUCUAAUGAUGAUAAAAAUUGUGGUGCAUGCAAAAAUAAAUGCCUGCAUACGCAAACUUGUUGCGGAGGGAAAUGUGUAUAUUUAUCUCUCGACAAGAGACAUUGUGGAGCUUGCGGUAAUCGGUGCAAAGACGGUGACUAUUGCGUGUUUGGAAUGUGCAAUUAUGCAUAAAGGCCUGGUCCGGCUCGAGCAUACCAGCUUAUUGGCUCGUCGAAAUGGACCAUCCCUCGAGCAAAGCACAUGAUCGAGGAGAAGAAUGGCUCGUUGAGCCAUAAUCACACGUCAAACCGAAAGCCCGCUGUGAACACACUGGCUCGUUGAACCAGGUGAUCAAUUUCCCCUCCAGUCCGAGCAAACACAUACGACUCUUUCAGACAGAGCCUUCAUCAAGUAGGAAUGUAGUUGUUCAAAGGUCUGCUCGAGCAGGGGCGGACCUAGGAAAGAGUUUAUGGUGGGGAGUUGUCCACCUUAUUAUUUUGAAUCUUUAAAAAAAUAUAAAUAUUUAAUUUAA